AUAUCAGCCAUAGGUUCGGGUGGUUUUGGGACAGUAUUUAAAGUUGAACACAGAUUAAAUAAAAGGAUAUAUGCUGUUAAACGAGUUCGAUAUGAAGAUGAGAAAAACAAAAGUUUUGCAUUGAGAGAAGUAAAAACAUUAUCAAAAUUGUGCUCAAUAUUUGUAGUAAAAUAUUACCACUCAUGGCAUGAAUGCAAUCACAUAUACAUUCAAAUGGAGUUCUGUUCGCAAACAUUCGGAACAAUACUUAAAGACAAAAAUCAAGUAUUUGGUAGACAAUCAUCGGAACCGAUGAAUCGCUACGAGUAUUAUAUAUGUUGCGAAAUAUUACGCGUACUCCUGGAGUGCCUGCAAUAUCUACACGAACUGACGCCACCCGUUAUUCACCGUGAUUUAAAACCUAAUAAUAUAUUAAUACCAAGCAAUAACAGUUUUAUAAAACUUGGCGAUUUUGGCCUGGCCACUGACCAAGAGCGAAAUGAUAUGAGUCACACACCGGGUGUGGGUACUCCCGGUUAUGUUGCGCCCGAAGGUUUUCAUGGAAAAUACACCAUUAUAUCAGAUAUAUAUAGCCUGGCAAUGAUUGCACUGCAAUUGUUCGACCUAUAUGAUAUGUAUGUA